UAUGUAAAUAUGUAUGUUCGUUGUUGCAUUGCAUUUGUUGUAAUAUCCAUGGAAACCCCUAAGAGUAAACUACACAAAUGUUGCAUUUCCAGGCGAUGCAGCAGUCAGUGAGCGAGAAGAGAAUAGGAGAAGAGAUGAGGAGUAAAGGAUGAGGGAGAAGUGGGCGCAGCAAUUACGAGUGCGUGGUUGGUGUGUUCGGUUCGGCAUGAAACUAGACGACUUUGCCAAAGGAGGAAUAAGGAAGCAGAGUGAACUUUUAAUCAAUAGAUAUAUAAACGCACACACGCACAUGCACCCAUAUACUCACGAAGUCGCAAACAUAGGGCGAGGGAGCAAGCGAAAGAGAAAAAGAGCGAAUCCAGAGAGCGAAUAGCACAAACAAAGGCAACAAUAAUGGGAGCAGCAACAACAACAGUUAUACUUUUAAAACAGCAAACCAAGAGUGCGCGCAUAGGGAGCAAAGACCAGAGAGCGACAGUGAGAGAGUUGUCAGGCCAGAGAGCGAGCACUCCUGUUACCGUUACUGUUGUUCUUGUUGCUGGCUUCAGGAUGAGAAACAUGGGUUGGGGGAUGGCUGCUGCGGCAGGCUGCCAGGAAGAGGAAGACAAGUGAACAAAAUUGCUAUUGCGCUGCCCAGGCCGCAGCAGCAUCAUCAAUAAGAAGGAAGGAAUAAAGGCGGAGACGCCAACCACAAACGUUUUUUCUAGGGUGUGCAAAUGAUGAAGUCUGUAAAACGCGGUAAAGCAAGAAUGCAACAUGCAACAAAAUAAUGUUUAAUUAAAGUGCAUCAAAGAGGGCGUACAAGAGGCAACGGGCAACCUACUUAUUGAGCAAUUAAGGCCAUGCCCACACAUGGGCAUGCGUACGCCCACGCAUACUGUAUGUGAGCAUGUGUGUGUGUAUAUGCAGGAACCGUUUGGUUCAUUGAGGUGCCCGCUGAUGUGUGUGCGUGUGUGACAGACAGAAAGCGAGAGAGAGAGAUAGAGAAAAGUGUAAAUUUGUAGAUCGGUGAAGGCAAGUUUUACUUAUUAAAGUGCACAACAAUUUGGAUUUGGUGUCAAGAGGUUAGGAAACGCUGCAGCCCCGUGAGCACGUAGAGCGUGUCAGAAGUGACGUCCAAACCCACCAACAACAAAAGCAAGGGGGGGGUGAAAAGCUGACACAAGAGUAAGGAAACUCACUCAUCCCACACACACGCACACACUCAGACUCCCCGCACCCAAAUACACGCUCAGAAGGAGAGAGAAAUCAAAGGAGUGCGAGAGCAAAACCGUUAUAGAGGGGCUGCCCAACCAGUAGAGAGUGAGAAGAGUCGUGCAGGAUGGGCGACUAUCACGAGUUUACGGAUCAAUAUAAGGUCCCGGUGAUAGCCAAACUGCUCCAUGCCCUGCCCCACUACAACAUCACAUUCCACAAGAUCAACAGCACGUUCCGGCCCAACGAUGAGAUCUACCUAGAGAGUUUGGGCAUCUUGGGAUCGGUGCCAGCGGCGCUGCUCAUCGUUUCGCUGCUGGGGCUGCUCUUCUAUCUGAUGACAAGAUGCUGCGACCGUAAACCCCGACCGGCCCACUCGAUAACCAGCCUAAAGGUGGCCCUCUCGAUUGUGACUGUGAUGUGCUGCGCCGCCAUCGGCCUGGGCCUAUACGGCAACGAUGAUCUGCACAAUGGUUUGCUCGAGGUGCUCACAGCCGGACGGAAGGUGGACAAUCUGGUGACAACCAUCAGGAAUCAGACGCACAUACUGGAGAACACGCUAACGAAUCGCAUCAGGCCGCAGCUGGUGGAGCUGGCGGAUAUCUUCGAUCAACCGGUAUCCAAUCAAACGGCCCUAUCCAAGCUCUUUGUUUCGCUGAACAUUGUCCAGGGCAAUGUGACCCUAGCCACGAAUGCAGCUAGCGAUAUACGACGACCCCUCAUGGGUAUCUCCAUGACGCACUUUCUGACGCGCGGUGACCAAUGGGAAUUGAUACGCUGGCCGGGCACAGUGGCCACACUGGCGCUUCUCCUUGUCCUAUGUGCUGUGCUGCUGGUGGGCGUGGCCAGGCAUUCCCGCUGCGCCCUAAUAUUAUUUAGCGUUUGCGGUCUACUGGCCGUGACUGGCUCCUGGCUGAUGUCCGGCCUGUAUUUGUCCUCCUCGGUGGCUGUGGGCGAUCUGUGCAUCAGCCCAGCGGACUUCCUCGUCUCCACAGCCCCCCGUGACCUGCCCACAAACGUUCUGCUGCACUACACCCAAUGCGAGCCGGGGCACACGAAUCCGUUCACCCAACGUCUGAGAGAGUCACAGAAUUCGCUGAACAAUGCCCGCAGUGCCAUGGCCACCGUGAUGAAGAUCUCCCUGGUGCUGUUCAAGUCGUCCGGCCUGCAGCCAAAGCUGGGCGCUGUGAAUGCUGAUCUGAAUAGCAGCGAACGGCUGCUCACCCAGCUAACAGCUCUCGUUGACUGCAAGGCGGUGCAUCAUAACUUUUUGGCAGCCGCCCGUGGACUCUGCGAGGGAGGAUUGCUGGGACUGGUGCUAAUGCUGAUCGCCAGCUUCAUUGCGGCCAUACUCCUUACGAUUAUGGUGUGGGUGGACUCGCAUACAUGGAUCUACAUACGCAAGCGGAAUGACUAUGCCCAGGUGGAUGAGCCGUCGUAUAUAUCGCAUCCGGCACCGCAGAAUCAUCAGCAGAUGAUGAAUGCUGCACGGACAUUGCCGCGCAAUCAUAAUGGGCACUUUAGUCCGCCGGUUAUCAGCGGCUCGCACACACUGCAACAUCCCAGCAAGCGGCAGCAGCACGAGAUGAUGGCCCAUGCACACAUCCAGCAGAAUAUGCGAGCCAUGGGUACCCAUACGCUGGGCAGACUUCCAUCGCACAAUCACAGCCCCACCCACAUGACUGGUCCCAAUAAUGCAGCAGCAGCCGCAGCAGCAGCCGCCGCCGCCUCCGCACUCGCCGCCAAUAUGCCGCCAACGACACAGGCCCAGGUACAGGCCGCACAGGCGCAUGCCCAGCAGCAGGCACAGCACCAGCAACAGCAUCAGCAGCAGCAGCAGGCACAGCAACAGCAACAAAUGGGAGGACCCCAACCCAUUUACUGCCAUCAUCCACAUCAGCAUCCACACCCGCAUCCGCACCAGCAUCAGCAUCCGCAUUCACAUUCGGCUGCCGCCGUGGCCGCUGCGGUACAGCAUCAGCAUGCCAUUUACCAUCAGCAGCAGGCUCAGGCACAGGCACAGGCCCAGCAGUAUGGCACCUAUACGACAGCGGCAGCAGCAGCGGCACAGGCCCAUCAUGCACCGCAUCAUCUGCCGCCGGGCCAGAGUCAGAUCUAUCAGCAGAUACCGGCACAUCUGGCACCACAGUUGGCCGCCAAUGGGAAUCCGCACUCGAUCUAUCAGCCGCUGGUGGCCGUCAGCCAGGGUUCCAUUUAUGUAUCAAAUUUGGCCACAAUGCGUCGACAGAACAGCCAGGCUGGACCACAGAUACCAGCCCAUCAUCAUCCGAGUGUAGUGCCGCCACCCAAUCCCCACCAACAGCAGCAGCAGCAGCAGCAUGCCCAGCCCCCGCCACCAUCGCAGCAGCAGCAGCAGCUGCAUCAGCUCAAGUCGCCACAGCAGCACCAGCCACAUCCUCAGCAGCAUUCGCAGCAGCACCAGCAGCAGCAUUCGCAGCAUCAUCAGCAGCAACCCGAAUCUGAUGUGGUGCCCAUUAGCACUGCAAUGGACACGGCCAUCUACGAUCGGGAUAAGCAAAUCUACAAAUGCUCCACGCUGAGACAGGGCGGCAAGUUUGAUCCCAAGUACAAGCCAUCGAUAUUGAAUUGUCCCUUGCCGGAGAUACCCAAGGAUGCGGAGCAGCCCAAGGUGGAGUCCAUCUAUCAGCAGAAGCAGCAGGCGCAUCAUCAGAACUAUUCCAAAACGCUGCAACGACCGCCGAUGAAGUUGCCGCCGCAGAUGAAAGCCAUACCACCGCCUCGCAUUGGCACGCCCACAUCACCACCACCGCCCUUGGCACAGCCCACACAAAUGCUGAGCGAGAGCGGUGGAGUCGCUGGAGGCAUUGUGGGUCUGCAAAAUGGUGGCCCCAACAAUAACAACAGCAGCGAGGACACCUCGUUGCCACCGCCACCGCUUGAGGCACAAACAGCACACCAUGUGGAGGCGACUCCGCCCAAGGCACGCAUGGGUCAGGCGGCCAACGGGAAGGCAGGCAAUGGCGGUCUGGUGGCCGUCCUGCACAAUGGCGGCGGAAGCGUGACCACAGCGGCUGGCGUGGGCAACAACACAGUGGAUGAUGAUGAUGAUCUGCCGCCACCGCCGCCAGCGAUAACCGAUGAGAGCAACUAUGCGGUCACCGAGCUGUAAGCAGAACGCAAAGGAGACAAGGAGAAGCAAAGAAUUGGGAAUGGCAAUAGGCUUGGGCUUGGGCCAUUGAAUUUUGAGGCGUCUUCCAGCGGACAUUACUUCUAGACUUUUUUGUAUUAUAGACAGAGAGACAAAAAUGGCGCGAGGAAAUGGAGAUGGGAUGGUAUAGGGGUGGGUUAUGAUGGAGCGGCGACUGUUCCUGUUUCUUAAUUUGUUGCAUUUAUCGUAAAUCGUAAAUCGUAAUCCUACAAACCGGGAAUCCUCUUCUUUAUGCAUCCUAUGCAAAACUGCAAGCUAUUAGCCCACAAAUUCGACUUUUGUAUAUACUAUACACUAUAACUACAUCUACAUAGGAUAUAAAUAUAAAUAUUACACACUAUAAACGACGCACACAGAUAGGCAGAUAGACAGACAGACAGACAUAACAGACAUACGGAAAGAACAGACAAAAACUCGUGCAUAUUUGGAUAUUUGACUUAUAUACUUAACUAUAUACUAUAUACCUAUAUAUAUAUAGUACAUAUAUGUAACAUAUAUCAACACGAUCUAUGAAAUCAUAUAUGUCUGUCUAUAAAGACAACACGGUUAUUCCUUUUUGAUAAUAGCAUAUUUUUACCAAUCGCUAGAAAACACACACACAAAAAAAAACCGAAAAAGAAAACUUAUAUAGAGAAGCCAAGAGACAGACACAGACAGCAAUUAUGGGGACAAGUAUAAGGUAUUGUAAUAUACAAAAUAGUAACCUAUAAAGACACGAGAAAAAUAAAUGGGAAUUCGGAUUGUAGUUAAUAAGUUCUAGGAAUCGAAAAUGUAGUUGAAAGUUAGCGAAAACCUUUUUUUUUGUAUACUCGCAGGUACUUAUGGCACUUGUCGAGCGUUUGAUUUGAUCCACUGGGCAUCUGUGUAUGUGUGUGUGUGUGUGUGUGUGUGGGGGCAAAUCCUUCAAGAUUCCUAUAUUUCCUUAAAGCAUAGCAAAAAUCCUUAAAAUCUGUUGAUGUGCUGUAAUAAUUUUUUAAUUAUUUAAUAAUCUCCUCAGCUUACUCGUUCCAAAAUGCUCGCCCAAAAACGAACGAAACACUCUCUCUCGCUCAAUCUUCUUGUAAAAAAUAGCGAGCUGCGGAUUGAUUCGUACUGAUCGAAAGUCUUAAAGUUUUGCACCUACUUUAAACAGAAUUUUGCAUUUAAAACUGAUUCACUGAACUAUUUGUAGUAGCGAGUGAUGUGUGAUAUUCUUACCUCUAGUCAAACCAACAUUGGAAGCACUUAGUCAAGACAGUUUUUGAUUUCUAUUGAAUGAUUUUGUACAACGAGUAAAACUACUAAAUGAUAUUCCUUGCUGCCCCCACACUAUCCACCAACAAACUUAUGUUUGAAUGAUUGAUGGUGGUUGUAGGUGUUCGACUCUGUCCUGCGUCUUGGGUUGUGCGUCGUCCGGCUGAUCAAAAACGACUUGUGGAUGGAUCGCCUGGAGACUGGCUGGGGGUUGAAUCGAAUGGAUAGACAGAUUUGAUUCCCCCCCUGCGAUUUUAUUGUGUAUCUAACCUAAGCUUAACAUGGAAUGCAUUUAUUAUACAUACAACUUAGCACAUAUAAAUAUACAACUAUACAAAACAACACACACACACGCAAAAAACCAACAAAUAAAUACGAGUAAAUAUAUAAGCAAAGUAUAGACGUUUGGUAGCUAAACAAAAGAGAAGCCAAAGGCGGGCAACACAAGUACGAGUCUAGCAUAGCGAAACAAGAACGAUAACCAGUUAGUAAUGAGAUUUAGAUUGGAACCGAAUAGCAAUAUAAAACUGAAAGUACUGUCCUCCCCCAACCAACCAACCAACCAACCAACCAACCAAGAAGCAAACAAGAACUCUCUUUCCUCCCACAGAAAAAAGGUAAGAAGUUAAAUAUAAAAUAUGAAAUAUAGCUAGUUACAUAUGUAUGACAAACAACCAGCAAACGAGGGGGGAAGGAUUGAGUUGAGUUACGAGUUCCUGUUAGAGGAAUUCCCAAUACCAGACCAGAGGCCAACGAAGCGUCAACCGAGGCCAAUCAACUAAGGCAAAAAAAAGGAACCCAAACACUGCCCACAAAAGGAAAAAAAAACCAAAAAACAGCGAAAGUUCUCAAGAUUUACACAAACCGUUAGCUAUAUAGGUACUUAUAUUAUAUACAUACAUAUAAUAUUCACAUAAAAAAACAAACUCCACUGAACAUUUAAUAUGGAAAUUGAUUAAAUUGUAAAAAAUAUAUGAACAAAAUUUAACCAGAAAGGAGGAGCGUUUUUAAAAAGUAAAUAUGUAUAGAUCGUGUAAAGACAAACUAAUCAAGUUUUUUUAUUCGCUUAUUAUACGAAAUAUAAAACAAACAAAAAAUACAAACAUAUGUUAGACAGCAAAACAAAAAAAAA